ACCCCCAAUCAUGCACUUCUCCCCUGCUGUUUCCCCCUCAUAAUAUAUUUGGAGCUAAACAUUACUAUUUUCCUCCCUCUCUCUCUCUCUCUCUCUCUCUCUCUCUCUCUUGCGCGCAGUUUCAAUCAUGGUUUUGGUUGGAAGCCAUGGUGAGAAAGAUGAUUCAAAUGAGGGAACCGUGGUUGAUUUCCGCGGGAAUCCGGUGGACAAGUCGAAAACCGGUGGAUGGCUCGCUGCAGGGCUCAUCUUAGGAUCUGAGCUCUCCGAGAGGAUAUGUGUGAUGGGCAUAUCUAUGAAUUUGGUGACGUACUUAGUUGGAGAUUUGCAUAUCUCAGCAGCAAAAUCCGCAACUAUAGUUACCAACUUCAUGGGCGCUCUUAAUCUGCUUGGUCUCCUCGGAGGUUUCUUAGCCGAUGCCAAACUCGGCCGAUACUUGACUGUGGCACUCUCUGCAUCCAUAACUGCUCUGGGAGUGAUUUUAUUGACACUGGCUACGACAAUUCCCAGCAUGAGGCCUCCUUACUGUGAUGACUACAGAAGGAAGCAUCACGAGUGCAUCGAGGCAAACGGCCGGCAACUGGCUUUGCUGUAUGCGGCACUGUACACAACAGCACUUGGUGGUGGGGGAAUAAAGUCUAAUGUCUCGGGUUUUGGGUCGGAUCAGUUCGACGUGGCAGACCCCAAGGAGGAGAAGGCUAUGAUUUUCUUCUUCAAUAGGUUCUAUUUCGGCAUCAGCCUGGGGUCAUUGUUUGCGGUGAUUGUGCUGGUGUAUAUACAAGACAAUGUAGGAAGAGGGUGGGGAUACGGGAUUUCAGCAGUAACAAUGGUGAUUGCGGUAGUGGUUUUGAUUUGUGGGACUCCAUGGUACAGGUUCAAAAAGCCUCAGGGGAGCCCUUUAACUGUCGUAUGGAGGGUUCUAUUAUUGGCAUUGAAGAAGAAAAAUCAGCCUUAUCCUUCCCACCCUAGCCUCUUGAACGAUUACGAUAACCGAAAGGUUCCCUACACGCCAAGAUUCAAGUUUCUGGACAAGGCUGCAAUCCUAGACGACAACUGUGCUGCCAACGCAGAAAAAAAUAACCCAUGGCUAGUAUCAACUGUGACCCAUGUGGAAGAAGUAAAAAUGGUGAUUAAAUUACUCCCCAUUUGGUCUACGUGUAUACUCUUCUGGACAAUCUACUCCCAGAUGACCACGUUUACAGUUGAGCAAGCCACCAUCAUGCACCGCAAAAUUGGUUCUUUCGUAAUCCCCGCAGGAUCUUUCUCCGCUUUUCUCAUCAUCAGCAUUCUCCUCUUCACUUCCCUAAAUGAAAAACUUUUCGUUCCCUUGGCUCGAAAAAUCACCCAUAAUCCUCAGGGAAUCACUAGCCUCCAGAGGAUUGGGAUUGGACUAGUUUUUUCUGUAGCUGCUAUGGUAGGGGCUGCUAUUAUUGAGAAAGAAAGGAGGGAAAUUGCUGUAGAGAAAGAAGUCAAAAUAAGUGCUUUUUGGCUACUUGUUCAGUUCUUCCUUGUUGGUGCUGGGGAGGCUUUUGCUUAUGUUGGACAACUUGAGUUCUUUAUUAGAGAGGCACCAGACCGGAUGAAAUCCAUGAGCACAGGGCUUUUCCUGAGCACCAUUUCAAUGGGGUUCUUUGUGAGCAGUUUGCUGGUGUCUAUCGUCGACCAUGUAACCAACAGGAACUGGCUUAGGAAUAAUUUGAAUAAAGGAAAGUUAAAUAACUUCUAUUGGUUACUUGCAGUCUUAGGAUUCUUGAAUUUCUUGGUUUUUCUAAUCUUUGCAUCAAGACAUCAGUACAAGAUGCAGCUGCCUAUAGAGCCCGAGUCUGGAGAGAAGGAACUUAAGGGCUUGAAUGGCGAAACCAUACAAGACAUGGAGAAGAAAGCAAGUCUUCAGGCAGUGGGAGAAGUAGAACCAUAGCCUAUGUGUACCUUUAAAGGUUGUAUGAGUCGUUGGACUGAUAUAGUAUACUCGUUAUUUUGGCUUGUUAAAAGGAAGAGGCUCAUAUCUAUCUGUCAUGGGUAAUUUGUAAGGUGAUUAUUCCAUUGUUCUUUCUUAUACUUCUUAUUAAGCUGUGCAACAUUAUAGGGGACAUUUUUACUUAUCUUGCUCAAUAAAGUCGUGUUUAAUUA